AUGACCGGUUACCAUGCCGGGUUUGUGAUGCCUUCACCCUCACCAUCUGCUUCUCCACAAGUGCUACUAGGGCAUUCAGACAAAACUAAAGCCAACUACAGCGCCGGGAGCCCCGAGUUCAAAGACACAAUGUCAGAGUACAGCAUGGGCAACUGUCGCUUCUUCACCUACGAGGAAAUGCACAACAUCACAAACGGUUUCUCCGAUCAAAACCUGCUGGGGGAAGGCGGCUUUGGGUCUGUUUACAAGGGUUGCUUGCCCGAAGGGAGAGAGGUUGCCAUUAAGAAACUGAAAGAUGGCAGUGGGCAGGGGGAGCGCGAGUUCCAGGCCGAGGUGGAGAUCAUCAGCCGCGUGCAUCACCGCCACCUGGUUUCUCUCGUUGGGUAUUGCAUCUCGGGCGACCAGCGCUUGCUUGUCUACGAUUUUGUGCCCAAUGACACGCUGCACUAUCAUCUACAUGGUCAUCCCCGAAUUAUCCACCGAGAUAUAAAAUCCUCUAAUAUUCUGCUGGAUAACAACUUCGAGGCACAGGUUGCUGAUUUUGGUCUUGCAAGACUAGCCAUGGAUUUUGCUACGCAUGUAACUACACGGGUGAUGGGAACUUUUGGGUACAUGGCUCCAGAGUAUGCAUCCAGUGGCAAAUUGACAGAGAAAUCUGAUGUCUUCUCUUUUGGCGUUGUCCUCUUAGAGCUCAUUACUGGUAGAAAGCCCGUCGACGCAUCAAAUCCAUUGGGUGAUGAGAGCCUUGUCGAGUGGGUUAUAAUAUGUGUACCAUGUGAAGUCGUGAACCAGCCAACUGAAAACAGCUUCCGACACAAUCCUGUUGUAACUCUGGUUUAUAAGAUUGAUCCUCUGUGGUCAGCAACAUUUCCUGACCCCCACAGUUAUCUGCAGGCUAGGCCACUGCUGACCCAAGCGCUCGAGACUGGCAAUGCAGGGGAGCUGCUGGACCCCAGGCUGGACAAGAACUUCAACGAGGUCGAACUGUUCCAUAUGAUCGAAGCGGCAGCAGCCUGCAUCCGAUACUCGGCAGCCCGGAGGCCCCGGAUGAGCCAGGUGGUGCGUGCUCUCGAUAGCCUAACCGACGUCGACCUGACCAACGGGGUGCAGCCGGGGAUGAGCGAGAUGUUCAACGCCCCCAACACCGCGGAGAUCAGGCUGUUCCAGCGGAUGGCGUUCGGGAGCCAGGACUUCACGACCGACUUCACUCAGUCCAGCAGCUGGAACAGCAGCCGUCAGGGCGGAGACGCCGAUGCCUCUGGUGGGCCGAUGCACUCGCAAUUGCAACCAUAG